AUGAUCUUUAAUGGUGCUAAUCCAAAGAUAGAUUACCCUCUCACAAUCUCUACAUUCUACUUUGGUCUAUGGUUGUUUACAUCUAUUAUCACAUCAAGCCAUGAAUCUCGGAUCAAUGUUCAGUCUACUGCGAAAGGCUUCCAGCGAACUCAAUUAUGGUUCUGGAUGAUACCUGCUUCCUUAACUUCCGCAGUUGCUUUACCGUUACUGAUGGAGGCGCUUAUGCAUAUGUCAAGUCUCCCCGUCUUGAUUAUGCUCUUCCCCCUGGUUCACCUGAUAGAAUCUCUCACUCUCUUCAUUUUCGUUGCGCAGUCGCGUUCUUCCAAGCGCCUAUCUCUCGAAACAGUCGGCAUCGCAGUAUUCGCAACCUUAAUCCUUUAUAAUGAGUAUCGUCUCACUAUUCCAGGAAUUAUUUGUGGUGUUGGAGCUUUUACUAUGACCGGCCUCUCUAGAGCUUUUUUCGUAAUGGCAUCUCACAAGAUGAAUGAUCAUGGAGAUCAGAUAUCAUCAUCUUAUCAUAUUUACAUCUUGAUGACCACAACUUUUGGGCUCCUCGUGAGUGGCUUUCUGGCCUAUGCUCAAGAGCGCAAUAUAUUAGAGUUCUAUUCGGAACCAGGCACUCUAGCUCUGUUUUCCAUUUCCUCUGUAACCGUGGUUGCUGCAGGACUUUCUGGCACCAGUAUGCUCGCAUAUACCCCAAGUUCUUUCUCGGCCGGUAAGUAUCCGGACGCCAGAACACCCUUAGCCAUUUCAGAUGUCGUCGUAUCCGGACUUUCUGGCAUUCUUGUAUUGCUAAUAUCAUUGGCAUUUGGGCCGAUAUCUGUGGUAUCUUGGAUCCAAUUCACUUCCUAUUUUCUAGCGAUAUAUUGUCUCAUUGGGCUUUCCAAAAUCGACAUUUUCCUCGAGUACAUGUUGGGAUACAUUCAACGCCGUCUCCACUGCCAAUUAUUCAAUACAGCCCCGAGUCCGACUCCCCAAAGGAUACCUUUUUUUGCCCUAAAGAUCUCGUUCACUACCGUGGCUAUAGUUGCUUUGUAUGCAUUAUCCCUAUCUCAACUAUUCCGCUUACAACCCGGCCCCAUCUCCUCAAUGGACAGUUUAUAUACCCCGGUAUCAUCGUCCUUUGAUAUUGUCAUCAGCGCUUACAAGGAAACACCUGAGUCGAUCGCAAGGAUGUCAAAGGCUAUCAAAUCAACACCAUACUUAUCCUCACGUAAUACACGUGUUCUUAUAUACACUAAAGACCCCACCGUGUCAUUGUCAAUGUUGAAGAACUCUACAGGUGCUGACAUUGUUGAGCGCCUUCCCAAUCUUGGUCGCGAAGGAGGAACGUACCUUAGUCAUAUCGUUACCCAUUGGAAUGAUUUGGCAGCACAAACUAUGUUUAUUCAGGCUCAUGCUCAUAACAUCCGGGAGCUCAUACCACGAAUUGAUUCGUACUUAGUACCGCAAACAGGGAUGUUGAGUCUUGGAUUUUCUGAAUCCACUUGUUCUUGUAACAACUGUGGUGACCGAUUUGGAUGGACUGACGACUGGGCUAUGGUCCCAAGUCUGUACGAAAAUAUCUACGGAUCCAGUUGUACCGACUCCACCAAAAUCCUUUUGUCAUACAAGGGACAAUUUAUCGCGUCAGCUAGACGUAUCCGCGGAAUUAGUCGAGGCAUAUAUGAGGAUCUGUUGUCUACAAUAACUAGCGAAAGUGGAUGGAGUCAUGAUUCAAGGUUUGUGGAAGAAAAUGAUUCGCCUGACAAUCCUUCAUUCGGAUUCGCUGUCGAGAGAGUAUGGGGUUUACUCAUGCAGUGUGCGAGUGAUGAUCGGGUUUCAAUGAAGUGCCCUUCUUUGCUCAGUGGAAUGAGAACUGGAGGUGAUGUUGGAGACUGCCAAUGCUUGGAUUCGCAAUAG